GUAGUCCAUAGACAUUAUAAAUUGGAUUAUGAGACCACAUUCAAAUACCAAACUCCAUUACCAUAUUGAGCAGGAUAAUUGUCAGUAGAUUUUGGUCCAAACUGUAUAUUCCAUACUAUGCAAAAGAAACGAGUUCUGUCAGAAUUUAGGACAAAGAAAAAGAAAAACUUUUCCAGAAGCCUGUCAGAUAUCAACAAUUUUUUAGAGUAGAUGGAGAAAAAGGAGGUGCCAAAAAAAAAAGAAGAAGAAAUUGUAAGUGAUCAGGUAUGGCCCUGUUGAGCCUCAGUGCGUGUUGGGGCCCCUGUUUUUUGCUUUGCAUUUGCUUCUAGACAUCUGUUCAAUGGCAAGCUUCGGGUACAGCUUAUACUGCAAAGGGUUUGUUGGGCGUGCGAGAGGGCCCUGGCCACUAGCUUCAGUCACGGAUAAUGGUGACAAAAGAGAACUCAGGUCAUUAUGACUACGCCGCUCACCCAUUAUAUCCUUUGUUCUUUAUAAAUUAUUCUGUAAAGCUGAAAAACGGGGGAAGUUGAGGACAAAGUUGAACUGCGUUUCAUGGGAGCCUUUCCGGUACAAUAGAAUAUAUCCCCUUCGCUUUUGUUUUUCUCUCUCUUUUCGUUUUUCCCAAUAAAGAAACCAUGCAGCUUAGAUUCACUUCCCAUGUUAAAUGUCAAACUGUUUCUUUCUCUUCCUUGGCUUGUUCUUGCUGUGUUUGCUGGAAUCGAAGUCUCAGCUUGAGUGAAAGUGGAGAGGAAGAGAAGUUUAAAAUGAGCUCAUGCAGUAUAAAGAGCUCGUCACAGAGGCUGGAAAAUAUAGAUGAGAAUGGUCGUGCAAGGUGGUUACCACUGUCUGGCCCCCCGCCUGAAACUCCUACAGAGUCCAUGGAGUUUCUUGCCAGAUCAUGGAGUCUCUCGGCUAUGGAACUGUCCAAAGCUCUUGCGAAGACGCAUGUAGCUUCCGACGGUCUUGAUCAGAAGCCAUCUGUUUCUUCUGUUGGACAUGAAACGCAUGAUGCAAGUUCUACUUCUUCAAGGGAACCUCUAGUUCAGCAGUUACCUGGUGGCGGUAGCCCUCCAAUAUCACCAAGGGAGAGUGAAGAUUUAAAGGAAUUAUUUUUACUUCAUCAAGCACUGCAUCAGGAAUUUCUCUCUAAUCAACAACUGCUUAAAAAUGGGGUAUACAAGAGCAUAGUAAGAGGGCGAACAAUGGGGAGAUGGCAGAAGGAUCAGAAAGAGAGGAAGAAGCAGGAAAUCAGAACCCACAACGCACAACUACAUGCAGCCGUAUCAGUUGCUGGAGUUGCAGCUGCCGUUGCAGCAGUUGCAGCCUCAAGUGUAAUGUUGCCGGAAAUGACAACUACCUGUCAGAAGUCAUCUUCUAAAGUAACAACUGCUAUUGCGUCUGCGGCGGCUCUUGUUGCAUCGCACUGCAUUGAGAUUGCAGAGGACAUGGGAGCUGAUCAUGACCAAAUUUUAACGGUAGUCAACUCUGCAAUUAAUGCAAGAACAAAUGGAGAUAUCAUGACACUAACAGCUGGAGCAGCUACAGCCUUGCGAGGAGCUGCCACACUAAGGGCAAGGCUGCAAAAGACUACAAAAUUUGCUCUAGGAGAGGAAAAGGGUGAAGGAGGCAUCGAAUCUAACAUCUCAUCAGCAUUGAACUUUGUUGCUACAGGAGGGGAACUACUCAAGCGCACAAGAAAAGGAGCUCUACACUGGAAGCAAGUUUCUUUCUACAUAAACUCUAACUGGCAGGUGGUGGCUAAAUUGAAAAGCAAGCAUAUGGCAGGCACAUACACUAAAAAGAAGAUGUGUGUGAUCUCAGGAGUCCAUAGAGACAUCCCAGCAUGGCCUAGAAGGGAGAGGGAAGACAAUGGUGAGCAGAGAGCUUAUUUUGGGAUUAAAACUGCUGACAGAAUAAUAGAAUUUGAAUGCAGAAGUAAAGGUGACAAACAGAUGUGGACAGAUGGAAUCCAGCAUAUGUUGAAUUGUCGUAACAAUUUAGCAUAUUUCUGAGAGAAACUAAGUGGAUUUGAUGGGAAAACUAGAUUUUCAUUUCUGUAAAGCAAUUACGUUGAAAUGUAUAUAUCUGAUUCCCCAGGCACUAGGUUUACUUUCCAAUAAUAGCAACUUCUACACUGCCAUACAAAAAAAGGGGAAAAAAUAUACAAGAUGGGAUUGAGCUUCUCCUUCAAGGUUUUUGUUUGAGAAAGAAAAAGCUUGGCUUGGCAGAUGGCAGCACCUAAUGAUCAAAAUUG